AUGACUCGUUUGAGCUCCGAGCAGGUAUUGAAAGACAACAAUGCCGCCGAUCCAAGUUCAAUUUCCAGUCUUCACCUCACUCACAAAGCUCUCUCCGAUGUAUCAUGCUUGGCCAUCUUCAAUAAAUUGGAGAAGCUUGACCUAAAGUUCAAUAAUCUCACUUCACUUGAGGGAUUGAGGGGUUGUGUUAAUUUGAAGUGGUUAUCAGUUGUGGAAAAUAAACUAGAAAGCUUAGAAGGGAUUCAAGAACUUACUAAGCUCACUGUACUAAAUGCUGGAAAAAAUAAAAUCAAGUCUAUGGAUGAGGUUGGGUCACUUACUACCAUUCGCGCACUGAUUUUGAAUGACAACGAGAUUAACUCCAUUUGCAAACUUGAUAAGAUGAAAGAAUUGAAUACUCUUGUUCUAUCCAAAAAUCCUAUCCAUAAAAUUGGUGAUGCCCUGAAGAAGGUGAAUUCCAUCAAAAAGCUUUCCCUUUCUCAUUGUCAGCUUCAGGGUAUUGACACUUCCCUCAAGUCUUGUGUUGAAUUGACCGAGCUCCGUCUUGCUCACAAUGACAUUAAGUCUCUCCCGGAAGAAUUAGUACAUAAUUCAAAGCUUCAGAAUAUAGAUUUGGGGAGCAAUGUGAUCGGAAGAUGGUCCGAAGUAAAGGUGCUCAAAUCACUUACCAAACUGAGAAAUCUCAAUUUACAAGGAAAUCCUGUUGCUUCAAUUGAGAAAGUUACAAGAAAGAUUAAGAAUGCACUGCCAAAGCUACAAGUAUUCAAUGCCAAACCUUUAGAUAAAGAUGCCAAGAAUGACAAAGGUCACAUAGCCGAUGAUGCUCAUGAUUUUUCAUUAGAUCAUGUGAGUCAAAAUGACGAUGAUCGUCUUGAAGCUGCUGAUGAAACUAAGUCUGAUAAAAAAAGAAAGAAAACUGUUGAUGUUUCUGAGGAAGCCGGUGUCCAUGAUAAGGAACAUACAGGUCACAGCAAGGAUAAUGGAGAUAGAAAGAAAGACAAAGUUAUCGGUACUGUUGAUCCUGACACGAAGAAAAAAUCAACUAAGAAAAAGCAAAGAAAGGAUGACAAGCCCUCGGACAAGGCUUUGGCUCUUGAGGAGAAUGUCAAUAGCAUUGAGAAGAAAAAGAAGAAGAAUCAAAAGCCUGAGAAGCGAAGUCAAUUUGAUAUUAUUGAUGAUCCAGAAAUUUCAUUUGUGGACCUCUUUAACAUCCAGGAUGAACACAGUUUGAAUCAUGGUAGUGCAAUGAAACUAAAGGACAAAGUGGCUAAGGAUUUGAAACCGUUGGGCAGCAUAGAGACACCUGUCAAGCGUAAGAGCGCGGAAAUGCAUAACCUGGAGUCUCUAUCAUCUCCAAUAACUGAAAUCGGAAUGGGAGGGCAAUCAACAUGGGACGACUAG